CAACGAGUUAAAUAAAAGUUUUUUCCUACGAUGGAAACUGAAAGCUCAGUCUAUGACAGUCUGGAAGACUUGGAUCUUUCUUCAGAUUAUGGGAGUAUCUAUAAUCCCAAGACAAAUGUCUCAAAGCGAAGUAAACUGCCACUAACUGGGCCUCAGCCAACAAAAAGACCCAGGCGUAAUGCUGCACUGAGUCCUAACAGCAGCCACAUCUCGAGUCCUCCUGACCCCUCCCAGCAGCAGUUUUCCCUCUCUCAGGGGACGCCCAGAAAGCCCUCCUCUAGACAUGUGACGCGAGAGAGUGAGGAGAGGCAGGGGAUCAGUGCAAAGGAUAUCUAUGAUGCCGUGUGCUCUGGAAAGACCGCCAUGGUGACUGUGGUGGAGGAGUGGUUGAGCAGCUACAAACAGAGCCAAGAGGCAGGCUUGCUGGUGCUCAUCAACUUUAUUGUUCAGUCCUGUGGAUGCAAAGGUGUGGUGAGCAGAGAGAUGUUUGAAAGCAUGCAGAACGCUGAAAUCAUCUGUGCUCUAACACAGGAGUUCAGUGAGGAUUCUGCAAAUUACCCUCUGACCACUCCUGGUCCUCAGCUGAAGCGUUUCAAAGCCGGUUUGUGCGAGUUUGUCCGGGUUCUGGUGCGACUAUGUCGCAACAGUCUGGUUUACGACGAAUUUCUCUUCCCCUCCCUUCUGGCUCUGCUCACCGGCCUGUCUGACUCCCAGGUCAGAGCCUUCAGACACACCAGUACCUUGCUGGCCAUUAAGCUGAUGACAGGGUUGGUGGAUGUAGCUGUGCAAGUAUCAGCUCAGCUGCAGACCACCCAGCGGCAAUUUGACACAGAGAAAAGCAAGAAGCCUCAUGUGCAAGCUUCUGACAGACUGGAGGAGCUGAAGAGCAGCAUCAAAAAGCUGCAAGAAAACAAAGAGGAGCUUUCCUUCAUGAUGAACGCCACUUUCCGUGGCGUUUUCGUGCACCGCUACCGCGACCAACUGCCAGACAUCCGUGCAGCAUGUAUUGUGGAGUUGGGACUUUGGAUGAAAACUGACCCUGAGAACUUCCUGAAAGAUGAAUUCUUGAAAUACCUGGGAUGGACCUUACAUGACAGGCAAAGUCAAGUGCGUCUGCAGUGUGUGCGUGCCCUGCAGGGUCUGUACCAGGAGAAGGAGUUCAUUGGCCGCCUGGAGCUUUUCACCAGCAGAUUUAAAGAAAGGAUGCUCAGCAUGGUGUUGGACAAAGACCCAGACGUGGCGGUGGAAGCGGUCAAUCUGUUGCUGAUGAUCCAACAGAACACAGAGGACGUCUUGAAUGAGGAGGAAUGCGGCUUCAUCUAUCCGCUGGUUUACGCAUCGAACCAAGCCGUGGCGUCUGCAGCCGGUGCCUUCCUCUACAGCAAGCUGAAAGAUUUGAUCGCUGCUGAUACCCAGGAGGAUGAGAAAAUCCGCCAUGCUGCCUUUUUUCAAAUAUUCAUUGCCUUCUACCUCCAGAGUGAGUUUCAUGAGCAUGGCGCCUACCUGGUGGACAGUCUGUGGACUGCAGCUGGAGCUGAGCUGAGAGACUGGGAUGUGAUGACAGCUUUACUGCUGCAGGAUUCUGGUCUGAUGUAUGAGGAGGAGGGGGUGCUCCUAGAGAUCAUGAUGUGUGCCAUCAGACAAGCAGCGGAGGCAACUCGACCAGUCGGGAGAAGUCAGGGCAAAAAGAACCUGAGCAUGAAGGAAAAGAGGAUUCAGGAAAUAGACAGGAGUCGCAUUACCACACACUUUAUCCCUAUACUACCACAGCUGCUUUCCAAGUACUCAGCUGAUGCAGAGAAGGUUGCCCUUCUCCUCAGAGCUCCUCUCUACUUCGAUCUGGACAUGUACAGCAGCACCCAGGGGCUAGAAAAGCAUUUGGACCUGCUGCUUUCCCAGAUUUGUAGAAUCAUGAAAAAGCAUACAGAUGCUGACGUGCUGCAGGCCUGUGCCAAGCUGGCCAGCACUCUGUCCUCAGAGUGCUACACCUUCUCCUCCCGUGCAUGCCUGGUAUUUAGCCAGCUGUUGGAUGACCUGACUGAAUGCUUCAACACUUACCUAAGUGACCUGCUGCAGGGUACAGCAGAUAGGCAAGGAGUUUACAAUUCAGCCACGGCCUUGAAAAGGAUGGCUGCCUUGAGCAGUGGAAAAGAUCCAACUGGAUGGAAACUGCUGGGUUCCUGUCUUGAUUUGCUGAAGAGCGGGAUAGAAGCCUUGGACUUUGACACUGAGCUCAUGGCAGCAGCUCUGAAGUUCGCAGGAUUUCACCUAAUGUGGGCAAAAGUGAAUGCAGUCAACUCCAACCCAGCAGAGGCUGAAUUGAAGCUUCUGAAGAAGGAGGUCCAUUCGUUUUGCAGAAUCUGUCAGAGUUGUUUGUCUUGGGACCAGAUAGAGAUAAGAGAUCAGGCGUUUGAGCUGCUUUGUGACCUGCUGCUGCUGUACAGCGCAGGCUCUGUCCGCAGUGAGCCUGCCCUCCAGACGCUGGUCCACCUGCCAUCCGAUUCUCUGCGGACUGAGUUGGCUUCUUUUCUCCUGGAUCAUGUCUUCGACGACACGGAAAACGUCAACCUUGAUGAUGCUGAAUUGGAACAGAAUGUGGUUCUUCUUCAAAAGAAACGUAAACAACUUGCUGGCUACUGUAAGCUGGUGCUCUAUGGCGUCCUGGACCUCAGUGCUGCCACCAAUAUCUUCAAGCACUACAGCAAGUUCUUUAAAGACUUUGGUGACAUCAUAAAGGAAACGCUGAGUAAAAGCAAGCUGAUCAACCCCAUUAAGUGCGCCAGGAUUGUCUGCCUGACCCUGCAACAGCUGUUCUCUGAGAUGCUUACGGAGGACCAUGACCAGCAGGAUAUCACCGAGAUCAGAGAGUUGGCCAGAAGGCUUGCCUUGAGCUUUGGCGUCGGUCUCCAUCGCAUCCGCGAACAACUGGUGGCCCUGCACCUGGACGGGAUCCGUUUUGCAUUUCGUGCAGCAAAGGAUGGAGACGAGGAGCAUCCAAACGUGCCGUUCUUAGAAAUCCUCAGCGAAUUCAGCUUCAAGUUGCUUCCUCAGGACCGUGCCCAGCUAUCUGCUAUUUUGAAAUCUGAGUGUCCCAGUGCUGCCCUCUCCUGGCCACCAGUCAGAAUGUAUUGCAGGUCUUUCGAGCCACACUCUUUCAAGCACAAAGAGCCAGAAGAGAAAGGAGAAGCCAUUUCCUCCCUUGUCACCUCUGCAGCCAAACACAGGAGGACCACAGCUCAGGGUUCGCCGUCAGAGAGCAGCAGUAGUCCGAGCCACCUUCACACUCCAGCCCUCACCUCCACUGUCCUGAAGCAGACCAGCAAACAGCCCAUAGCCACAGCGUCAGACAGUGCGAGUGGCCUGCCUGAGCUGGAGUCUGAGGAUGACUUCUCCUCUGGAUCACACAUGCGGAAAGUAAAGCAGACCAAACGUGGGAAAGCUCCUUCCAUGCAGACUAGUUCAAAGCAAGCCAGUCUGGACUCUCGCCUCUCAUUGCUUUCUCUGAUUGAAGACGACAUUCUGGAAAGACCCGAAAGCAACGGUUCAGGAGAAGACGAGCCAGAGAUCGAAGAUUACGAAAGUGACCAUGAAUCUGAAUAUGCACUGCCAUCAACCCGUCACACCCCAAUCAGCAUCCUGGAUGAGCUCUUUUACUGAGAUCCGUUUCAGAUCAUAGCAGCACCGGUUGUUGAGCUUAAAGCAGUUGUUUUUCUGUAAAUGAAUAAUUAAAGCUGCAGGUUUUUCUAAAUGUGCUCAUCAGGUCUGUUGAAGUUAGUGACUUUGAUUACACAAUGCGUUUUUGAUAAAUAUGGCAAAGUUAAAGCUACAUUGAGUUUAGUUCCAACACUGUCUCUAUAACAGUACAUUAAGCAUUUUUUCAUGUUUUGAUUCAGGUUCUGGGUCUGUUUUUGUUAUAACUUUGUUGUACACUUUUGUUUGUUGAAUAAAAUAAGCAUGUUUGGAGACUUGUGCUUAAUGUCCUCUAAACCACCGAUUCCCAAAGUCAGGGCCUAGG